CACAUACCAUAACGAGUUCAGUGCUCAUUCGCAUGUCCGACGCGAUGCCCGACACCGUUCGUCAAGCACCAAUAUCCGAUGACCGUCGCCGAGGCGGCGGUUCGGGUAGUAGUUCUUCAUCACCAGCAAUUUCACCGUCGCACAGUUUUAAGAGAUCCAAGUCCACAUGUUAUCUGCUUGACAGACGAACGUCACCGCCACCGGGCCGUCUUUUACCACAACCUCAAAACGUUAUGGUUACUACUCUCACUUGGUAUCCCGCGUUUUUGUGGCAGAUGGUAAAGGCUUUUUUCCAUUUACCAAUUAUAAACUUGUUAUUUUUGCGAAUGCCCUUACUGUGGACCUCUCUAUGGAUUCAGUUCAUAUGGGAGUGCGUUCGCAUACCACUAGUGUUUACCAGGUACGGGCUUCGAACAUGUUUUGCGAAAAGGCGUUACAGGGGCGACAGGUCCGUGUUGAUCAAUGGCGGAAGUACCGUACAAACGUUACAUUUGGCCAGAAAUUUCCACGCAGCUGGCGUCAGGGUAAUCGUGUGUGAAGUUGAAGGUUGUAUGGAGCUAUCAUCGUUUUCGUUAGCUGUCGACAGUUACUACACAGUGCCCAAACCCAGCGAAGACAACUGUAUACAAUAUGUUGAUGCGCUGAGGACGAUUGUUGAGAAAGAACGGGUCGGAUUUUACAUACCCACGGGCACAACAGUACCCACUUACUACGAUGCAGUCGCCAAGUCUCAUCUGGAGCUGUUGGGCUGCAAGUGUUGUACGCCCGCACUAGAUGGUGUGCUAUUUUUUAACGAUCUAUCACAAGUAUUGGAUAAGUGUCAGAUCGAGGGUUUGCCGGUACCCAAACAUUUAAGAGUAUGCUCCAAAGAGGACAUUAUAAAAUUGUACGAUAACGUUACGUUUAGGGCAGAUAAACAUUUCAUUGUUAACGUAGGAUUCUACGGGUGCAAGAUAAGACAUUGUCUUCAAAUGCCGGAGUGUCGAAAGAAUCUGACACUUCCAGGUCCUGUCUCCGACGACUGUCCAUGGUUACUUGUACACGAUACGCCUGGGUCAUAUUACACAACGUGCACGACUGUCCACGACGGAAAGAUGAUUGGAAAUGUAACGUGUAGUAUUAGAACAGGAAAACCAGCUCGAAAUGAAUUGGUCGACGCGUGGUUAAUGCACUUCUUUUCAACUCUACCAUUUACGUUCGAUGGUAUCCUCUCAUUUGAGGUGUGCAUAUCGCCGUCAAGGAACGUUUUGCCUUUAGGCUGUCAGAUCGGCGUACCCCUGACCUACGUUAACCAUCGUAGUAAUUUUGAACAAAUCUUGUAUCCAUCUCGCAGCGCCACGCACCACGCGCCACAUCAUUUAUCUGUUACGCCCGCUAUGAAGGUGGUGGAGAGUUAUUAUCUACCGAAACUCUUGUACGAAACGAUCAUUGGAUUUUCCAUAAAAAAUAUGUUGACUACGGUGAUGGAAAAAAGAGAAAUGGUGUUUUCGUUCUGGGAUCCUUUACCAGCGUGUGUGUAUUACAAUUUUCAAAUACUAGCGGAUUUUAUCAACAAAGUUUUGACCGAAAUAAAAUCAUCGAAAUUCAAAACAAAGUAUACAACGUUUUGAAAAAUAAAAAAAUGUACAAAUUUUUAUUUGUUACUCACGAAACUGUAUUGUUUAAUUUAGCAUCGUUGUUGCUUUUAAUAUGAGCUAAUAUUUAUAUGAGCUAUCUAGACUUUAAGGAAGUAAUUUUUUUAGUUUAUUUUAUAAAUAAAUUAAUAGCCAGGGCUCUUUUUUAUAUAAUUAUUUAUUUUACAUUUGAGUCGUUUUUAAAGAAUAAGAGUCUUGUCAUGCGGUCUACGCAUUGCUAUGUAUAAGUAACUGUGUUAUGAGGUAAAUGUAUAAUGUAAAUGUUUAGUUAUACUAGCGAAAAAGAUUUGGUGCAAGGAGGUAACUGUUACGGAAUACGUACAACGAAUCGUACACGGUCGUUGCGAUGAUAUGGGUCAUAGAAAAUGAAACUUGCAGUCACUUAAACAUGUAACGAAUAACUUAAAAAACUAUAAGAAAAUACGUUUCUAAAAUUUAUUCGCCAAUUACGGCGAUUAUUAUUUUUAUUACAAAGGUAUCACGUAAAGCUUAAAUCAUGCGGAUGAAUUAAUGUUUUCUUAUUUAAUAAAUUACUAUUCACAAUGAUUCGUAGUAAUUGACGUUUUAAAUUAAGUAUUGUAGCUGUGAACACAAUAUCAAUGCUCUAUAAUUCAACCAUUUAAAUUGGGUAAUUUGUACAAUACAAUACUUAUCACUUUUGAUCAAUAAUUCUAUAAAUAAUUAUUUGUACUCAUUAAAAAUUUAUUGACCCUAAUCUUUAGAAGAUACAUAUAUUAUUUAUA